UCUAACAGAAACGCAGAGCAGCGCGCUGGUGCGCACUUAGAUCGCUCUGAUCCGCUGACUGACCGCACGCGCUCACUCUCGCGCUCUCCCUGCUCCUCAUCUCGCGCACCUCCACUCCAGUCACCUCUCUGGCCGCACUCCGAGUCAAUGACCAAAAACAGUGACUAGACAAGGAACAACGGCGAAGGAAUAUAAAUGAAAUAUGGACGAAUAAUGCGAGGGCCGUUAUUUGGCAGACGUACAGGGGGACCGCUGUCGCAGAGGACGAGGAGGAGGAGGAGGAGAAGGCACGGAGGAGAGAGGGAAAAGGCGCCACAUCUGCCGUGACUUUGGGGGGAUUUCUCUCCGGCAAAGUGGGGAGAUAAAAAGGGGGGGAUACGGCACAUUCUUUGGAUGCCAAAAUUCACCUUUCUGUGAGAGGAACGAGGAAUAUGAGUCGGAAUUAUCCUGAUGGACAAGCAUGUCGGUUUUGGCGACCGUUUGUCAUUUUUCUGCUGUGCAGUUUCGUCAGUUAAGGUAACGUCUCAUUAACGUAGUUGCAGCGCGAGUCAACGCCGUAUGUGAGUCAGCUGCGAGAAACGUCUUUUAAUGAAAGCACCGCUGCUGGGGGUUAUCGGUUUAUAUAUAAACAUAUAUAUUGAUGCAUCCUUUGGACAGGGCUGGGCCUCCCAGGGAGCGGAGUGGAUUUGUUUGGGGGUAAAGGAGGGCGGUUUUUAAGAGGCGACACCCCCCAGUCCCCCCCCCCCUUACAUAAAUGUUUGCGUGCCGUUAGUGCUCUCGUUCUCGACCGACCCCCUUCUUCAUCCGAAUAGGCUGCUGAGUCUCACGCAGACGGGCGCAUCUCAUAUGCACACAGACACAGACCGACCUGGACAUCAUCUCACGCGCAAAGCACACACAUCUCAUAUGCAUACAUAAUUACACACACACAGGCUUUCCCCUCCACACCCCAACCCCUCCUCUCACCCCCCACUCCCACUAUCUAAUGACUCCCCGGCGCAGAGGUGGACGUGGUACGGAACCGACUGUAGCACCACCAUCAUCUUCAGCACUACCACUUUUAUCAACACCGUCCUCCUCCUCCUCCUCCUCCUCCUCCUCUUCCUCGCCACCACCAUGUCCUCGUCGUCACGUAAGAUCUCCUCCGAGUCGUUCAGCAGCUCGGUGGGCUCGGACUGCGGACUCGAAAGCCCCGGGGGAGACGGAGUGGACGGUGGUUUGGAGACGGCGGAGGAGACCCGAGGCUGUCCCUUCUCAUCCUUCCCCUCGUCCCACAGAGCGGUGCUCUGGAACGGCCGCAGUCCCUGCGAUAGGUCGGCGUUCCCGGCGGGCGAAGAGCAGCAAGGACCCGGUGUACCCCACAAGAGGGUCACCAGGAGGAGACGGGUGAACCUGGACUCGCUGGGAGAGAGCCUGAGGCGACUGACCUCACCCAUGACACAGACUGUUCAGGAGGCUCUACAGCGAACUCUACAAUUCUACAGACAGCAAGAGCUCAGGUGUCAGGAAAUUGGCAGUGAAGAGCGGCGAAGAGAAAAGAGAGAAGAUAAGUGUCCAUUUCUAGAAAAUUCUGGCUCAGAGGAAGAUGUCCUACAAAUCCUUCAGUACAUGGCCACCAUACUGGGAGUACCAUUCUGUGAACUGCGAGAACAUUUUGGAGAAGAGUUCUUCGGCCUCUGCUUCGAAGAAAAUGAACGAGUUCUUCGGGCUGUAGGUGGUAACCUCCAGGACUUCUUCAAUGGCUUCGAUGCCAUUUUGGAACACAUUCGCACCUCCACAGGGCGCCGUGCCUCAUCUGAGAGUCCCUCCUUCCAGUGCAAGGAUCCUCAUGAGGAGGAGAAAGGGAGAAGAAAAUUGGUUAGCAUUGGAGAGCGAGGAGAAAGAGAUGGAAGAGGGAAGAUGUUGCUUCUUCAUUGUUUUAACCCUGCCCCUGUUGUUGGACUGGUUAUGCCGGGGUUGAUCCGUGCUGUUGCCAGGCGGAUCUUUCAUUCAGAAGUUGAGGUGGAGGAGGUGCCACCUUUAACUCCCUUAUUGCCCAAUGAAGACACAGAACAUACAGACGGUGACUCCACAACCCCCACCCCAACUGCGUCCCCCAAUGCCUCACCCUCACCCUCCUCAUCCCCAUCCCCUCCCUCUCCUUUCCCAACAUCUGUACCCACAGUUUGCUUGUCCUUCCAAAUCCAGGAAACACGCCCUCCUUCUCUCUCUUCCUUCCCAAAUGCUGCCUCGGUGAGCACUAAACGACCUCCCCUUUCACUCUCCACUAACCCCAGCGAUCUGCGCAUCGGCCUGGCCACCUUUUGCCGUGCCUUUCCAUUUCACCUUGUCCUGGGGCCUCGCAUGGAGCUACUGCAGCUUGGAGAGGGAUUGAGGAGACAGGCUCGUAUUGAGCCUCACCGGAGCCUCUCUUUCAGGGACUGUUUUGAGAUUGUCUCACCCAAGAUGGAGCCUUCAUUCCAAGGCAUCCUUCUGAGGCUUGCAUCCCCAUUUACCAUCCGUACCAGACCUGAUACCAUGCAGACUGGCACCAAGGAGAAGGUCAUGGAGCUGAAGGGUCAGAUGAUCCAUGUGCCCGAGUCCUGCUCCCUGAUGUUUCUGGGCUCGCCACGUGUUGAUAAGUUGGAGGAGCUGAUGGGCAGGGGACUCCACCUGUCAGAUAUUCCCAUCCAUGAUGCCACACGGGAUGUUAUUCUGGUGGGGGAGCAGGCCAAGGCCCAGGAUGGUCUGAAGAAGAGAAUGGACAAACUUAAGGCCACCUUAGAGCGAACUCACCAGGCACUGGAGGAGGAAAAGAGGAGAACUGUGGACCUCCUGUAUUCCAUAUUUCCAGGUGAUGUGGCACAGAAACUGUGGCAGGGUCAGCCAGUGCCCGCUCGAAAAUUUGAUGACGUUACCAUGCUGUUCUCGGACAUCGUGGGUUUUACUGCUGUGUGUGCCCAGUGCACACCUAUGCAAGUUAUCUCCAUGCUGAACGAGCUUUACACGCGGUUCGACUACCAAUGUGGCAUUCUGGAUGUGUAUAAGAUCGAGACAAUAGGUGAUGCCUACUGUGUGGCAGGAGGACUUCACAAGAAGGUUGAUAGUCAUGCAAAGCCAAUUGCACACAUGGCUCUGAAGAUGAUGGAACUUUCAGAGGAAGUGCUGACACCUGAUGGGAAACCUAUCAAGCUGAGGAUAGGUAUCCACACAGGUUCGGUGCUGGCGGGCGUGGUCGGGGUUAAAAUGCCACGUUAUUGCCUGUUUGGGAACAAUGUUACACUGGCCAGCAAGUUUGAAUCGGGGAGCCAUCCCAGGUGUAUCAAUGUUAGUCCCACAACUUACCAGUUGCUAAAAGAUGACCGCUCUUUUUCAUUUGUCCCUCGUUCACGCCUGGAGCUCCCGGAAAAUUUUCCUAAAGAGAUCCCAGGGACAUGUUACUUCCUGGAGGCAGGGACAUCUCACAGCCAUGCCUCGCUCACCAGCUCUCGCUCCGCCCCUCCGGCCUCUAUGAGGAAAGUCUCCUACAGCAUCGGCACCAUGUUUCUAAGAGAAACAAGUUUGUAGGUCCCACGCACAGACUAGGAUACGCAAAUAUUCAUUAUGUGAGAGGCUGUAUUUAAACCCGAGGAAUACGCAGGGAACAGAUCACACGAAUCUUUGGAUAUGCAAAUGAAUUACGUGUGAAAACUUGGAUUCAGACCUGUGGGAUGGCCUGUAUGACUUACACUUGCUGUCGUCAUAGGUGAAAAAGAACAUCAUGCCCUCAUCUCCACUGAGCAAAGGAGAGAUGGUUCAAAAGACCUGAGGAACAGCAACUGUGCUCAUCUCGCAUGGACUCUUCUCCAAAGAGGUGUACUGAUGGGGUCAAUAAGUGGGGAAACCUUAAUACUAAGCUUAAUGAUCUCACUGGAUUCCUCAGCUUCAUAUGUGAUUUCUAGCUCUCAGCUGUGGUCCUCCUUCCCAAACGAUACCCUGGCCUGGGUCGAGAAGCAAGAGUGCUUGGAGAAAACCUGGAGAGAGACGAUUUACGUGACCAGUGUUGCACUUGUUAGCAAUGGAAUUGCGCAAAUAGAACAAAUCUGCUUUCCAUUAACAAAGUGGAUGCAGAGGAAUGAAGUUGUAUGAAGUUUAGAAAAUGGCACCAUUGCCACAAAUGUUUGCUGUAACAUCAUUGCCUCUUGUACAAGGAAGACCACUAUUGAAGAACAAUACAUCUCUCCUUCCAACUGUCCCUAAAUCAUGUCAUGCUUUGCCAAACACACUUUGAACAUCUGCUGCUCAUUAACAUCUGUCCAUCAGCCUAGGAGCAGUUGGUGGAAUGGCGAGAGAGAUGAGUGAGAGGCAAAAAAGGAAAUAGGUUUGAGGAGGGGGCAUCAAGAGACAAAUGCCAAAAUGCUAAUACCAAGCUGAUCUUAGAGCCUUUCCUGCUUCUAACCCACUGCAAACUUUAACCAACAACAAUUCAGCCAUUUCAUUGCAGGUACAUACAUUUAGGACUGAAAAUUAUUCCCAGCUCAGUGCCUUUUUACUGCUCAAAUCAGGACAAAUACAAGAUGGAUUAAUUCUAAAUAUUUGAAAGAAAAGAAAAAAGAUAAGGUGCGCUUCAUUUAUCUUAUUUUUAAAUUUUGAAGACAUUUCUGUUUCAUGAACUAACAUGGAAGAGUGACGGAUUUGAUUGAGGGAAUGACAUGUGCCAAAGGUUACAAACCCGUGAUGUUGUAAGUCACAGCAGGCGCCUUAUCCCACUGAGCCACCACAAGUCUCAACUAGUCGUGUCUUUCAUUUUAAGAUGGUCAUGAGCUGCUGGUCAGAUAAAUCAAGCGCUCCUGUAAGAGUUCAAAUAUUGGAAAUUUUUCUCUGUUUUUUGUCCGGAUCAACCAAUAAUACACACAGUAUGUACUAAUAAUAUAGUACUAUACUAACCUGUACACAUAGUCACAGCAUGCAUGCUAGACACAGUUCACACCUACAUACAUAAUCUUUUUUUUAAUUGUUUUUCUUUUUUACUAAGUGGAUAUAACAGUAUUUACUAGCCCCAUGCUAAUGUAACAACAGGAUUUGAAUCCAUGUCUACUAGUCUGCUGACUCCAACUACUCAGUGGAAAUCUCAGGCCUUCCAAAUACUUUAAAAGCGUAGCUCAGUAACCCAGACCUGGGGGGAAUAACUGUCAGAAGGCUUUUUUGCUGUUGUUGUUGUUUUCUGGUUUGUGUGUGUGUGUUGUUUUUUUUUUGUUUGUUUUUUUUUUAAGAAAAUCUUCAGAAACUGUCAUCAUAAAGUGGGAAGUGAAGGGCUGAAGUUAGUGUUAUUUAACAGACUUGGCACAUUUGGUUACAUACAUUGUUUCCAUUGUUGUUUUUGUUUCUUUCCAUCUCUGAGAUGUGACAUUAGUCAGUGCAAAUCAUAAAUCAAGUUUUAUCGGUUUGAACUGAUGGCUGUUCAUGCCCACAGAAGAAAAAGCAUAGGUUUUCACUAAAUAUUACUUUGUUGAUGUUGAUAGAAAUGUUUUUAUUAUCCAAAUAAACCCACAGAGAUUUGUCAACAUCA